UUACAAUUCGAUUUUUACACCACACCAACCAAACAGUCCUAAAACCACACGCAAAACCCCAUAAAACCCCUCUCUUCCUCUCCUCCCCUUCCACCACCGCACCGCCACCACCACCACCACCACCACCACCACCGCCGCCACCACCACCGCCACCGCCAUUGCCAUGGAUACAGGAAGACCUACACUCACAGUAAAAGUGCAAAAUAUCCCUCAAACCAUCAUAGCGCACGAGCUCCAAACGUUCCUCGAAUCCGCCGUGGGCAAAGGCACGAUCUUCGCCGUCGAAAUCUUCACCGAGCGGACAAAUUGGAAGUCCAGAGGCCACGGCCGCGUCCAGUUCGAAGAACAAGAAGCGAAGAUCAAAGCUCUGUCGCUCUCCGAACAAGGAAACCUAAUCUUCAAAGGGUUUCGCCUCUCGAUCCUUCCCUCCUCCGAAGAUGUCAUCAUCAGACCCGUCGAUCCCACGAACCGGGUCGGAAAUUGCGCCGGGUCGGGUUUCGUUGCCGGCGUUAUGGUUAGGGAUAACUGCAUGGCGGUUCUGGAAAAUUGGGUUGGGGAUCUGUGGUUCAUGCCGGAGAGGAAGAGGCUCGAUUUUGUUGUAAUUUAUGACGGCGAGUCUUAUAAAUUGGAGGUGCAGUUUGGUGACGUGGCGGAGAGUGGGAGGUGCUGUUUGGAUAGAGGUGGUGAGAAAGUUGACGCCAUUCUUUUGAAGCUGAAGCAUGCGCCGAAAGUAUAUAAAAAGAUUUCCGGACCCAAAGUUUCGUCGAGAUUCCCUGCUACUGACCGGUAUCGCAUCUGCAAAGAAGACUUUGAUUUUGCUUGGGUUCGAACAACGGACUUUUCGAAAGUCAAGUCGAUCGGAUAUUUGUCUUCUCUCUGUUGGGAAAUCAAAGAAGGAUUCUCCAGUUUAGACGCGUACACCUCUUUGCCGUGUUUCUCCAAAGACGUGAUCGAACUAUAUCUUGAAGACGGAGCAAGAUUCAACAAUGCCCCCUCCUCCGAUUUAGUUCCGAUUAUUCCGAAUUGCCCCGAUUUUCGAGUCCCUUAUGAAGUCCUUUUCCAAAUCAAUUCUUUAGUACACACGCAAAAGAUGAGCCUUGCUUCUGUUGAUAACAAUCUUUUUCAAACCCUGAGCGAACUAGACAUGGACAGAGCUCUGCUGAUUCUUGCAAAAAUGCACAAGUUGCACUCAACUUGUUACGAGCCCAAAUCGUUCAUCGAAACCCGAUCUUCCAUGAGCAUUCACAACGUCAAGAAUCUUCCUUCGGAAAGCUUCAAGAGACUAAAAGAUCAUAAUGUGAUGAGCUGUCACAGAAUCCUCGUCACCCCGUCGAGAAUAUUCUGCGUGGGCCCGGAGCUCGAGUCCUCAAACUACAUAGUCAAGAACUUCGCCUCCCACGCCUCCGAUUUUGUAAGGGUCACUUUCGUCGACGAAGAUUGGGGCAGAAUCUCCGCCAACUCCGUUUCCACGAGCAUCAAUCGUGGAAUAUUCUCCAAGCCCUACCGAACGGAUAUCUACCGUCGGAUUCUAUCCAUUCUCCGAGACGGGAUUGUCAUCGGGGACAAGAAAUUCGAAUUCUUGGCUUUCUCUGCAAGUCAACUCCGAUCGAACUCUGUUUGGAUGUUUGCUUCGAGUGAAACCUUAAAAGCUGACAAUAUCAGAGAGUGGAUGGGUUCGUUUACCAAGAUCAGAAGCAUCGCUAAAUGUGCUGCAAGAAUGGGCCAGCUCUUCAGCUCGUCGGUGCAGACUCUUACGGUGCAACCUCGCGAUGUUGACCUAAUCCCCGAUAUCGAAGUCACCACCGACUACGUGAAGUACUGCUUCUCGGACGGUAUAGGAAAGAUGUCCUACGCAUUCGCAAGAGAAGUUGUUAAAAAAUUGGGGCUGUCUCAUAUGCCUUCGGCUUUUCAGAUACGGUACGGUGGGUAUAAAGGGGUAGUGGUGGUUGACCGUCACUCCUUCCGGAAGCUAGGGCUGAGGGGCAGCAUGCGUAAAUUCGAAUCCGACAACUGCAUGCUGAACAUCACCAAGUGGAGUGAGUCACAGCCCUGUUACUUAAACAGAGAAAUUAUUACAUUGUUGUCUACUUUGGGAGUCGAAGAUGGUGUUUUAUUGGCCAUGCAAGACGAGCAGCUGAAACAGUUGGGGAAAAUACUGAUCGAAAAAGAGGCGGCGCUGAAUGUUUUGGAGGCGGCAGGUGGCGGUGAGAUGAAGAGGGUUUUGACUAGAAUGUUGACCGAAGGGUACCAACCAAGUAAAGAGCCGUAUUUGUGUAUGAUGCUCAAGUCGCAUCUCGAGAAUCAGCUCUCUGAUUUGAGAAGUCGGGGCCGUAUUUUCGUGCCGAAGGGUCGUGUGUUGGUUGGGGUUUUGGAUGAAACGGGGAAUUUGGAGUACGGCCAGGUUUAUGUAAGAAUUACGAUGACCAUGUCUGAAAUUGAGAGUGGGAAUCAGAGAUUCUUUCAUAGGAUCGAUGAAACUACAGCUGUGUUGAAAGGGAAAGUUGUUGUCACAAAAAACCCGUGCUUACAUCCGGGUGAUGUCAGGGUUCUUGAAGCAGUGUUGGAUGUGAAAUUACAGGAGAAUAAUUUAGUCGACUGCCUUGUUUUCCCUCAGAAAGGAGAUAGGCCUCACCCGAACGAAUGCUCAGGCGGUGAUCUUGACGGUGAUUUGUAUUUCGUGAGCUGGGAUGAAAAUUUAGUACCGCCUCGAACGGUGGACCCCAUGGACUACACUGGUAGGCGCCCUCGAAUUAUGGACCAUGAUGUCACCUUAGAGGAAAUCCAGAGAUUCUUUGCGGACUACAUGAUAAGCGACACACUCGGAACAAUCUCGACUGCACAUUUGAUCCACGCGGAUCGAGAGCCAGAAAAAGCCCUAGAUGCCAAAUGCCUCGAGUUAGCCACACUCCACUCAAUGGCGGUGGAUUUCGCCAAAUCCGGAGCUCCGGCGGAGAUGCCGCGGGCCCUCAAGCCCCGUGAAUUCCCGGACUUCAUGGAGCGGUUCGAACAGCCCACAUACAUCUCCAAGGGCGUUUUGGGCAAACUCUACCGAGCCACCGUACAAUUCAUCGACCAAUCGAAUGAUAAUCACUCGGAUGAGAAGAACAAGAUCUCACCGCACGAUUACUUCGAUCAAGAUCUCGUGAUCGACGGCUACGAAUCGUUUGUGGAGAUUGCAAAAGAACAUAAGGAGAUGUACUUGGAUAGGAUGGAUUCGUUGUUGAGGUACUACGGGGCGGCGAGCGAGGUGGAGAUUCUGACCGGAAACUUCCGGAAGAAGUCGGAUUACUUGCAGAGGGAUAAUAGGAGGUACGGGGAGGUGAGGGAUAGGGUUUUGGUGGCGGUGAAGAGCUUGAUGAAGGAGGUGAAAGGGUGGCUGAGGAGUGGGUGUGACGAGGCGGUGGAGGAGGACCAGCGGAAGUUGGCGGCGGCAUGGUAUUACGUGACGUAUCAUCCGAGUUAUGUUGAUGGGAGUGAGCAUUGUUUAGGGUUUCCUUGGGCAGUGGGUGAUGUUUUGAUGGAUAUUAAGUCUGAUAAAAAUAGGAUGCUUAUUGAGUAUCCCUCUGUCUGAAUGACCUAACUAUGUUGUAACUAAUUGGUGAAAGAAACAAUGUUGUAGUAACUAAUUUGGCCUAAAGAUUGUAUGCACUAGAUUGCGGUGUAUUAUUAGAGCCGUGUAUUUAUGUAUGAGAAUCGGACUGAUCGGAUCGGAUCGUAAUUAGUAUUUUCGAAAAGUUAUAUAAUUGUGUUUGGAAGUA